AUGGCUACCAUUACUGGCACAGUCGACUUCGUCGUUGGCGAGGAAACCUUUCAGACCUGGUACCAGGUCUACGGAGACCUCAAGUCGGGUGUGCGCCCUGUGAUCACCCUUCACGGCGGACCUGGCAUUCCUCAUACCUACAUGCUGUCCCACGUCGACUUGUACAAGUUGAACGGCAUCCCUGUCAUCUUCUACGAUCAGCUCGGCUGCGGCAACUCUACCCACCUGCGCCACAAGGGCAAGGAGUUCUGGACCUUCGAGCUGUUCAUGGAUGAACUCGAGAACCUCGUCGCGAAGCUCGGCAUACAGGACAGCUACGAUGUCGUGGGGCACUCCUGGGGCGGCAUGCUCGCCGCCUCGUUCAUCUGUGCGCGCCAGCCUGCAGGCCUUAAGCGCCUCAUCCUCUUUAGCACGCCUUCUUCGAUGGAAUUGUGGCAGAAGGGCACGCGCUCGCUGCUCCAAGGAUUGCCGGAGAAUGUGAGGGAGUCAAUCGAAAAGCACGAGGCGGCAGGAACGACCGACUCCCCCGAGUACCAGAAGGCAGCUGAAGUCUUCUUAGCUAAGCACGUUUGCCGGAUCCAUCCGCCCCCCGAGGAUCUGGCCAACGCAUUCAUUUCGCAAAGCCAAGAUCCGACCGUCUACUCUAUCAUGAAUGGCCCAUCCGAAUUCUACAUCACCGGUACGAUCAAGAACUGGUCCAUCAUCGACAAGCUGCACACGAUCAAGCAGCCGACCUUGGUCAUAAACGGCGCGUUCGACGAGGCUCAAGACCUCUGUGUUGCCCCUCUGUUCCAACACAUCCCGAAGGUGAAGUGGGUGCAGUUUGCGAACAGCUCGCACCUGGCUAGCUUCGAGGAGAGGGAGCGGUACAUGCAGGUCCUGUCGGACUUCCUGAAGUUGGAGUUGUAA